ACUAGGUGUCUUGUCCAGAGACAUUUUGGAUUGAGCAUAACUGAACGCGGGAAUUGGCGGGUUUUGGUACUAAAACAUUGCGUUAUUUUUGAAUAGCGCUAAAGCUAAGUGUUCUUUAGCUAUGUUUUAAGCUCUCACUCGCUUCCCCAUGCUUAUAUUUCACUCUCGGAGUGAACCUACAGCCAGUUUGUGUAUUUAGGUGUGAAGUUUUUAGGGUGGGCUCACACUUGCUCGGGGCAGAAGGGCUUUUAGCCGUAUGUCUGACAUGGAGUCCUUUCAGAAAGUGGAGAAAAUCGGAGAGGGAACAUAUGGAGUGGUUUAUAAAGCGAAAAACAAAAUCACUGGCGAAACUGUGGCUUUGAAGAAGAUCAGACUGGACACGGAGACUGAAGGUGUGCCGAGUACCGCCAUUCGAGAAAUCUCCCUGCUGAAGGAGCUCAAUCACCCCAAUAUUGUCAAGCUGCUCGAUGUCAUCCACACAGAGAAUAAACUUUAUCUUGUGUUUGAAUUUCUUCACCAAGACCUGAAGAAAUUUAUGGACUCGUCCUCAGUUACUGGCAUUUCACUUCCGCUGGUCAAGAGCUACCUGUUCCAGCUGCUCCAGGGUUUGUCUUUCUGUCACUCUCACCGGGUUUUACACAGAGACCUGAAACCUCAGAAUCUGCUCAUUAACGCGCAAGGAGAAAUUAAACUGGCCGACUUUGGCUUGGCCCGGGCUUUCGGUGUGCCCGUACGCACAUACACACAUGAGGUCGUGACUUUGUGGUACAGAGCACCAGAAAUUCUACUGGGCUGUAAAUAUUAUUCCACAGCUGUCGACAUCUGGAGUUUGGGCUGCAUUUUUGCUGAAAUGAUCACUCGGAGGGCGCUGUUUCCUGGAGAUUCAGAAAUCGAUCAGCUGUUCCGGAUUUUCCGAACCCUCGGCACUCCCGAUGAGUCCGUGUGGCCCGGUGUGACCUCAAUGCCUGACUACAAGCCUUCUUUCCCCAAGUGGGCACUGCAGGACCUGUCUAAAGUUGUGCCCCCUCUGGAUGACGAUGGCAGAGACCUUCUCGCACAAAUGCUGAGAUAUGACCCCAACAAGAGAAUCUCAGCCAAGAACGCCCUGGUUCACCGUUUCUUCCGUGACGUCACCAUGCCGAUGCCUACGUUGCGGUUUUGAGGCGUGUGUUUGUGACUGGCGAAGGAUGGAGAGGCAGAAUCCCAUUCAUCAUCUCUUCUUCCUGAGGACGUUCUUCCUCUAACUCAGAGACUGUCAGCCAGUUUCAGUCAAUGCUUUGGUGCCUUUUAUAUACCAGAGUUUAGCUAAAGGUGAGGUAUUGCUGCGACAGUUGUAGUUUAUAAGCACAGUGCGCUCGUCUGCUCAGAUUGUGUACCAUGUGCUUGUGUAUUCUGCAGUCUGUUCUUUCUGGAAGGUGACAUUCCUUAACUCUGUGAACUGCUUAUUCAGGAAUUAGUUUACUGUCUGUUAUAUAAAAAAAAAUCUCUUCAUUAAGAGUCCUGUGAUGCACCAGCAUAAAAAAUAUUUAUUUUGGCUUGCCAAAAAUUGUCACUUUUGAUAGUUCUGAAUAUUUUUUGUAAUUGGUGAUUUUAUGCCUUAUUAGGCAGAUUUUAUCCUUGUUUGAUAAUUAUACAUAAACUUGUUAAGACAAAAAAACCUGAAGUGCUUGUUUUAAUUUGGGUUCAACAUAUUGAUGAGUAUUAACACUGCAAAAAAAUAUCUUCGCAGGAGAAAAUAUCUUGAAUAUGGGCAUGUUUAUUUCUUAUUAUAAGAAUUAUUCAGACAUUUUACCUGCUUUUAUUCAUUUCUAGCUUUUAAAUCUUAUUCUAUUGCCAGAUAAUUUUGCUUCUUUCUAGAAAUGUUUAAUACUACUACUUUAAGCUUGAAAUUAGUACAAUGUGUAGAAAUAGGUUUAAUAAAUGUAUAUUUGUUUUAUUAUAAUCUUAUAAUGGGAAAUACUAGAUACAUUUGAUUAUAUUGAAGAUAGUUUCAUUUGUUAAGGGUUUUUUGUUUUGUUUUGGUUUUUUUUGUUGUUGUUUUUUUUCUGCCGUGAUGGGAUUCAGGCUUAAAUUCCCCGAAUAAUCCCAUAAAUAGCAUGUUG